UGUUUACAUUUUAGUUUUAUGUUUUUCUUAUCUCUUUGCUUAUAAAUUCAAAUAUGCGAAAAUUUCAUCAUUAUAAGCCGAAACCCAGUGCAGGUUGAAACUUUUCGUGAAUUAGAAUAUAGGUACCGCUAUCGUGUGAUAUUUUGUCCUUCUGAGUGAUUUUUUUCUUGUUCACUAAGUGUUUCCAAAAAAUAAGAUCGGCUAUGUGAAAAUGAGUAUUUACAGAGGAAAAACCCCCAAGGAAGUGUUUUUAGCGACUUUGUUAUAUGAUGCAUUAGACGACGAAAACGUUAGUGCCAUCAACACUUUUCUCGCAAAAGGAGCAGACUUCAAUCUCAUCUUACCAGCUCGUGGAAUCUCUGCAUUUCAUCUAGUAGUCGGAAAGGAAUCGGAAGAGUUUUCCACAAAAUAUACUGCGUUGCUGUUACAAAAAGGAGCCGAUCCAAAUAUAAAGACUACCGAUGGUCUCACUGGUUUGCACAUCUCGGCUGCCUAUGGUAGAACAAAAAAUCUUCACCUUCUAUUGUGUUGUGGUGGCGACCCUGAUGUUCGUGAUGCUAACUACAAGAAACCAAUCGACUACGCUGAAGAAUACGAACAUAAGGAGUGCAAAAACUUGCUGCUAUCAUUUAUGGAAAGUCAGCGUCUCGUCUUCAGGUCCGAUAUAGAGCCCGCCUUCAAUCUCACACUAGAAAAAAUAUUAGUCGAAAAUGGAGGCCAUACCGGAGAGUACGAGCUAGUGCAAGAAUAUAAGACUGAACCCUUGACUCAGAAGAAUCUCGCUUCCCUCUACCAACUACCUGAAACGGACACCACCGAAUACGUGAUGAAAUGGUGCCAGAAUCACCUGCAAUCAACGACUCCACCCGAAAAAUCCCAAGAAUUCGCGUCCAGGAUAGAACCCUCUCCGACCAACAGUGAUUUCCGCGAAAGUUCCAACGACGAAUCUGAAUGGGGUAAAAGAUCCGUGGAAUACAACGUCGUGAACGACUCUAUCAAGUUCCGCAAGCGGUACGUUAAAGUGCGCGACAAAAAUAGCGCGAAAAAAGACAAGAAAUCGGCGACGCCGGCAAAAAACGAGAAAGUCGAAGUGGAUAUUGCACCUGUCGUUAAAAAAACCGAAAGUAUCGUCAACGACGUAACGAACGCGGCAAUAUUCACUACGAUUAAAGAAUUUUCGGCAGAAAGUGGCAUCGUGACGCUGCCGAAUUCAAAAAGCGAGGACUUUUUUUCCGCCGACAACAAGGAAUCGUUUUGCCCUGUUGAUGCUGUAGUGGAGGUUCCAACGGACACAACGCAAACUGUAGAGGUUUCUAUGACCAAUACGGAAGAUUAUCACACUUGUUCUGCGGGCAACGAUACCACGCCGAUCAACACGACGUUUGUGCUCGACAAAAAUGUCUUCGAGAUCACCAGCGAUCUCUCCCAUUUGGCAGUGGACGAUGUGAAGAGCAGGAGAAGCAGCACCAAGUCUGAAGGCAUUUGCAGCAACGACAUCAGCUUUGUUAGCGUUUCCGAAGUUUACAAAUACAUUGACGAAGAGGAGGGGAUAGUCUUAUUCGAGAAAAGACUGCUGAAAACAGCCACAAGUGAUUAUGCAGGGAGUAUAGUUUCUUCGUCCAUCUGUUCUAAGCUUUCUUCUCUACCUGCGACUGCUGAUUAUGACACUGAUACUUUGAGAAAAGAACUGACAACGCAUGGCUACAACCCUGGUCCAAUCACUUUCACCACUAAAAGGGUUUAUUUGAGGAAAUUGAAGCAGAUCAGAAAACAUCCACCUUGUCAAAUAAUAUCAGAACCCACAAGAAAAGUAUUUUCUGUCGAACUGGAACGUACUUUAAGGGAUCCAAAUUGGUUGAAAGAUGCAUCUGCAUACAAAACACUGGAAGAGUCGGUUAUAAAGGAGUUCAAUACGGUAAAUUAUGCAAGGAAAUGGAGAGAAGGUUACAGCAAGACUAGUUUUACAUAUCUCCUCUUGGAUCCGAGAAUAACUAAUAACCUACCGUGUAGGGCAGAGGUUAUGGAUAGUAAGGAUAUGUGGGAAGUGUUUUUAUCUUCCAUUUUUUACGUUGGCAAGGGGAAAAGGUCUAGGCCUUACUCUCAUUUAUACGAAGCAGUCGGUCUUUGGAAAGAUGGCAAGAGGACUUCCCCCAACAAAAAGUUGAACCUAAUCUUAGACGUAUGGAACAGCGGCAGUGGGGUCAUCUGCCUACACAUCUUCCAGAAUGUUCUUCCUGUUGAAGCCUACACUCGUGAAGCUGCCAUUAUAAGUGCCUUGAAACUUGAAAAUUUGACCAACAUCAAAGGUGGAGAAUACUACGGAAUAUCCUCGACAUGGCCUCAAAAACAAAAGAAAUUGUUAGGCGUGUACCUAUUAUAUAAAGCGAUGAUGAUUUUUUUGAAUGAAGGUGAAAGACAGUUGUGUCCUGCGGAUAUUGAAUGAGUAUCGACGGUGUACAGACUGUAGAGAAUCGGCUGAACAUUGAUUUGUAGGUGCCGUUUGCAUUGAAAAAAUACGGGUGAUUUUUUCUACAUGAAGUGACUACUAAAGCGGUUUAUCAGAACGAAUCUUCAUUCCUUUCGGAUUGUAAAUUUUUGUCAAGAAAUAUUUCCUGUAUCGGAAAAUUUGUCUUUGUUCGUUCUUAAUUUCAAUUAUUUUAUUUCGUAAUUUUGGUGACGUAGGGAAAACGUUUUGAAAUUUGACAUGGUUGAAUGAUUAAUUCAAAAAACUAGAAUGGAGAUAGAUAAUUAUCAACCAAAAUGUUCUCUUCAAAUUAGUGUGUGAAAGUAAUAAAAGUUUAAUGGGGAUACUUGGUUUUGAAUGAGUGAAUGCAGUACCUGAGUGCAAUGAUUAUACAUAAGAGAAUUGAAAUCUUCACGAUUACACGGACCAGUUCUGUAUCAUUAAUAAUUUCCACAAUUUUUUUUACAUUAAAUUGAUUAAUACUCAUGAAGUUCUCUUACAAAGAGUUGGGAAUCUGGAUUUCUAACAUACAACUUCAGUAUUAUAUUUUUUAUAGUUACACCCAAUUUAAGUAUUCCUCGUGCAUAUUUUAAGUGAGCUAAAUGUUUAGAAUUCCAGCGUCUCAAUAUCAACAAUGGGGAAUAUAGUAAUAUCUAGUAUAUUUUUUAUAAAAAUGACCACUAUUUAUGAGCAAUAUUGUUAUAUCUAUGAUAUGUUUUAUUAUAAAUGAAUCGAAAGUA